GUGGGGAUUGGGUUGUUAUUUGUAUUAUUGUAAAUGUCUGAUAUUAUAUACUUAUUUAUUCAAAAAAAAAAAAAAAAACUAUAUACUAAUAUAUUAUUAGUCCAUCAGUCAUCAGCCAUCAGUCACACCCCACUAUUUAUCUUCCUCUCAUUUUUCCAUUUAAGACCUCCGUUCUCUCUCUGUGUAUUAAAGUUAUGGUAUCUACUACUUGUGGACGUUUUAGGGUCUUACUAGGAGACUUUUCUCAAAACUAAAGUCUAAAGCCCACGAACUGGUUUUUACUUCUUUUCAUGCCAAAACGCCUCCAUUGCCAAAAAGCUAACACAUUUAUUAGAGAGUGCCUUCACAUAGAAGACACACUGGUCAAAAGGGUCAUCUUUUCCCCAGCCGCAUUUGUGGGUUCAUUGCUAGUAUUUUGUGCCUGUUGAGUUCAGACUCUGUUCCCAGUAAACCCAUCAAUCGAUCACUGGUUUUGGGUGUUGUGAUGCGAUAGGACAAGUGGGGUUAUUGAGUCUUGGGCGAGGUUCCUGAGAAGCCAUUUGGCCAUUUGGACUUUUGGGUCUGGUUCUUCUUCCAAACAUUUCAUCUCGCUACUCUCUCCUGUUUGGUGGAAUAGUGUUAUGUGCUCUGUUUUCUCUGUUUUCCUUUCUACAUUUUCUCGACAUUUUUGAAUGUCAAAAUUUUCUGAAAUAGCAGUUUCCUUUGGGCAAUGGUUUUCAGAGAUGGGAUUUGGCAAUACCAAAAUUCCUGGACUUGGAGUAGCUUCUAGACACAAACGUUCUAAGAGUGACAUCUUGCCUAAUAAAAGAGGACUCAGGGAAGAUAACUUGGAUCAUUCCGUCGAAGCUUGUCACAGUAUGAAAUUGGAUAUGGGGCACUUGAAGGACUGUGCCAAGACCACAAAGGGACAAUCGCCCAAUGCUGAAGUACGAAAUUCUUUGAGGCAAGAGAUUCUACAGCUUGAAAAAAGAUUACAGGACCAAGUUGUUGUCCGUUGUGCUUUAGAAAAAGCACUGGGUUAUAGAACUUCCUCACAUGAUAUCACAAAUGAAGUCUCAGUGCCUAAGCCAGCCACAGAACUGAUUAAAGAAAUUGCGGUACUAGAAUUGGAAGUUAAUCAUUUGGAGCAAUAUCUUCUCUCGCUAUACCGGAAAGCAUUUGAUCAACAACUUUCUUCCUCGCCUCCAUCUACAAAGGAUGGAAGACCAAAAUCACCUUUGACAACACCAAGAGGAAGGUAUCUAAAAGUUUCCACAUCUGAUAUUACAUCAAAGAGGGAAAAUUCAACUGUUCAAGCCAGCUAUCAAAUUAUUGCCAAUCCAUGGAAUGGGUCAACUAAUAUAGGAGAAGAGAAGCUGUUAGAUUCUGGUGUUCACCGCUGUCACUCAUCGCUGUCACAACGUUCAGCUCUAUCAACUCGAAGUUCUCCUACAGAGCCCGUGGGAAAAGCUGUUCGUGCCUGUUAUUCCCAACCUUUGUCCAUGAUGGAGUAUGCUCAGAAUGCCGCUUCAAAUGUAAUCAGUCUAGCAGAGCAUCUUGGCACCCGGAUUUCUGACCAUGUUCCAGAGACACCUAACAAGAUUUCUGAGGAUAUGAUCAAGUGCAUGUCAGCUAUAUAUUGCAAGCUUGCAGACCCACCUUUGACAAAUCAUGACCUGUCAUCUCCCAGUUCAUCUUUGUCAUCGAUGAGUGCAUUUUCUCCGAAAGAGCAUUGUGAUGUGUGGAGUCCAGGGUUUAGGAAAGAUUCGUCUUUUGAUGUACGGUUAGAUAACCCUUUUCAUGUGGAAGGACUAAAGGACUUCAGUGGACCUUACAGCACAAUGGUUGAAGUCCAAUGUUUAUACAGAGAUAGUCAGAAAUUGGGUGAUGUUGAACACAAGUUACAAAAUUUUAGGGCACUCAUCAGUCGAUUAGAAGAAGUAGAUCCCAGAAUGAUGAAACACGAGGAGAAGCUAGCAUUCUGGAUCAACAUACACAAUGCUCUGGUGAUGCAUGCAUUUUUGGCUUAUGGGAUUCCACACAACAAUAUAAAGAGAGUCUUCCUACUGCUGAAAGCUGCCUAUAAUGUCGGGGGUCACAUAAUAAGUGCAGACACAAUACAGAGUUCUAUCCUUGGAUGCCGCAUGUCUCGUCCUGGACAGUGGCUUCGCUUGUUACUUUCGUCAAAAACAAAAUUUAAGACCGGAGAUGAACGGCAGGCAUAUGCAAUUGAGCACUCAGAACCCCUUUUACACUUCGCACUAUGUUCCGGAAGCCAUUCUGAUCCUGCGAUUCGCGUUUACACACCAAAGAGAGUAUUUCAAGAGCUGGAAGCUGCAAAAGAAGAGUACCUUCGAGCCACCUUUGGCAUACGAAAGGAUCACAAAAUCCUUCUACCGAAAAUUGUGGAUUCCUUUUCCAAGGAUUCUGGUUUGUGUCCGGCUGGUGUAGUGGAGAUGAUUCAACAGGCUUUGCCCGAAUCUUUGAGGAAGAAAAUUAAGAAAUCUCAGCUAGGAAAGUCCCGCAAGAGCAUUGAAUGGGUUCCUCAUAAUUUUGCUUUUCGGUAUCUCAUAUCAAAAGAGCUUGUGAGGUGAUUGCUACCACAUGUUAAUUCCUACUACUCAACAUCUUUUGCUACCACAGUUCAAAUCCUAGUACUCAACAUCUUGUUUAAUUUUUUGAAAUUUUUUUUUCCCCAUUUAGGUUUUCUUUUGUACAAAUGAAAUAGAGUAUGGAGUUAGAAAUGGGAGAAUAGUUUCGCAUGCCCAGCGCUUUGUGUUUUUUUGUAAUGCAAUCUCCACUGUACUCUGGCAUGCAUUGUGAUUAUUAUGUAAUGUGUUGAUAGAGUUAUUAAGUUGCA